GUUUGUUUCACCGGAUUGGACAGGAUUGUGUCCCAAUCCGGUGUUUGAAAGGAACAAACGAAGAAGCGGAUAAGUUAACCGCUACAGUAAAAUAAUCCCCCGAGAGGAGGAUUAAGCUGACCCGUCCUGCCCCCUGGGUCAAAUUUCUGUCCGGAGCUGAUCGAAGGCGUUGCUGGUGUCUCUCGAGUGCCUCUGCCCAGAUCAAGCGUGCCUCUGCCCAGAUCAAGCUCUGAAUAUUGAAUAUGGAUCGAAGAAGAUUAGCUGCAUUAUUGAUGCUUCCAAAUGAUAAGGCAUUAGAAUAUUUUUGUACAUGCUUUAUAGUUGUCGGGUUUAUGUACAUGUAUGUAGCAAUGCGAUUGAGAAAUGAUAGAGGUGUUAGGAAUCGAAUAAAUAGGACUGCAGAGUUGCGUUCGUCUUUUGUAACUAGUUUGUUGGACAAUGAUGUUAACUGUAUUAGUCAACUUAGGAUGGAUAGGAGAACAUUUGGUAUUUUAUGUCAGUUAUUACGCCAUGAUGGAUAUGUUAAAAGAGAUGGUACUGUUACAUUGGAAGAGCAAGUGUGCAUAUUUUUGCAUAUAAUUGCUCAUCAUACAAAAAACCGUACAAUUAUCACUAGAUUCAAUAGAUCGGGGGAAACAGUUAGUAGAUAUUUCAAUUCAGUGUUGAAUGGAGUGUUACGUUUACAUGGGACAUUGUUGAGGCAUCCUGAACCUGUGUCAGAUAAUUGUUCGGAUGAUAGAUGGAAAAUAUUUAAGCAAUGGAAGCUGGAGGUAGCGAUAACGAUAAUAGGGGUGGUGACUCUAGGCGUACAUGGACUCAACGAGAGGAAGAAGCUUUACUGAUUAUCUUAGAUGAAGCUGUAGCUAGUGGGCAACGUUGUGAUACAGGGUCAUUUAAGCCUGGCACACUUACUAUGAUUGAGAGGCGACUAUCUGAGCUGUGUCCUAAUUCGAGACUGCGAGCCAAUCCACAUAUUGAGUCGAAGAUGAGAAAGUGGAAGAAGCAAUAUGGUAUAAUAUAUGACAUGCUGAACAAAAGUGGAUUUGGAUGGAAUGAUUCUCUUAAAUGUGUGGAGGUUGAUAGUGAAGAAGUUUGGCAAGCAUAUGUGCAGAGUGCCCCAAGUGCAAAAGGUUGGAGAGGAAAAUCUUUUCCUAUUUAUGAGAAGCUUGCUAAUAUUUUUGGGAAGGAUCGGGCAACCGGACGUGGAGCACAAACUCCAAUUGAUAUGAUAAAUGAAAUAAAUCUGGACACUGCAAAUGAACCAAUUGAUAAUGUCGAUUCUCCAAUGUCUGUGAAUCGAGGAGGUAGUGAACCAUCUACACAAGUCCAAGCAAGAGGUAAACGAAAAUCUAGAUCGAAGGACGAUGACAUUGUAGCCGGGUUAGGCAAUGCAGCAGAGAAAUUAUUUGAUAAAUUGGCUGCAAAGUUGGAAAAAUCCGAGGCUUAUUAUCCACAAUAUUUAGCUAUGGAGCUUGACAGGUUAGGAUUUGAGGCCAGUGAUAACCUCAGAAUCUCUAAGGCAAUGAGAUCGGAUCUAUCGAAUAUAGAGGUUUUUAAGGUUAUUAAAACGGAUGCGAGGAAGAUUGCAUUUGCUCGUGACUUUUUGGAUAACUAAUUUAGUUAAGUAGUGGACUACAUAUUUUCUGUUUAUGUAUGGGAGGAUGAUAAUUAUGAACAAUUAGGUUUGAAACUUAUGAACUUGUUGUAUGGUGGUGGAUGUUUGUUUCUAAAUUUGCA